GAGGGGCGGGACUUAUACCUUUCACAACAACAGUCAUACCGGAGCGGACACUUUGUGCACAAUGGAAGAGGAGCUGUGACCGAGCUCACAGCCGCCACGGACCUUCGCUGGUGUGAAUUUAGUGACAAAGAAAUGAUCGGGUCGUGUGUCUAAAACAGACGAGUACUGCGUUGGGGGUCAAAAUGAGGGGCCUUUUCCUUGUCGAGCCCGUGGUGGCCCUCUACGCUUUCUCCUGCUAUCUCAUCUUCCCUCUGGUGCAGCAGUAUGUGUACCGGAGACUCUGGGAGGAGCUGACAAACACCACCUACCCCGUCUCUGACAACGCAGCCAGAUGUGCGCAGAACAGCAGCAACCACUCCAGCUUCCAUACGGAGGUACAAAAACAGGCAUCUCUCUUCUCCCUCUACACGGAGCUCUUCUCGACGAUCCCCUCUCUGAUCGUCACCCUCAUGCUGGUGGCCUACAGCGACCACGGGGGACGCAAGAUCGCCAUAAUCAUGCCGCUGUUCGGCACGCUCAUCUACACCUUGGCCUUCCUGACAGUGUCCUACUUUGAGCUCAACAUCUACCUGCUCAUCGUCUCCUCGCUUCUCAGCUCCCUGUUUGGCGGCCUGGGCACCUUCCUCGGGGGCUGUUUCGCCUACAUAGCGGACCUGUGCGAGGACGGUCGCCAGAAGACGCUGCGCAUGGCCGGACUGGACAUGAUGAUCGGCCUGUUGGCGGGCGUGGCGGCGAUAUCAGCGGGCUACUUCCUGAGAGCUGCCGGGUUUAACUGGCCGUUCCUGACGUCGGCGUUGUGCCAGUGUUUGAUCCUGCUCUACACAAUUUUCGUCCUGGAAGAGACCGUGAAGAGGACUCCAUCUGAUUCCGUGACUCUGAACGGGCCUCCGCAGCGCUCAGCCCUGAAACAGAUGAUCUGUGGGAUCUAUGACAUGAUUACAGGUGCCAGCAGCAGGUGUAAAACCGUUUUGGUCCUCCUGAUGCUCAUCUUCACCAGCUUCUCCUUUGCCUAUGUGGGCGGGAUCUCCCUGGUGACACUGUAUGUGCUCGACGAACCGCUGUGCUGGACUGAGAUUUUGAUCGGCUACGGAUCUGCACUGUCCACCACCGUGUUCCUGAUCAGUUUUGCCGGAGUGUUGGCGUUCACGUACUGUGGUGUCCCGCAGCUGAUCAUCAUCCUGAUCGGGAUCCUGUCUGUCGUGUCAGGCAUGGUCCUUUUAGCAUUUACAAAGACCACUGUAAUGAUGUUCAUAGUGAAGGUUCCAAUGCUGCUGUCGAUCAUGCCUUUCCCCGUUCUGCGCUCCAUGAUGUCAAAGAUCAUCCCCAAGUCUGAGCAGGGGGCCCUGUUCGCCUGUCUCUCCUUUCUGGAGAGUUUAACCUACAAUGUCUCGACCGCGACCUUCAACAGUGUCUACGCCGCCACGGUGGCGUGGUACCCCGGCUUCAGCUUCCUGCUGGCCGCGGGCCUCUGCGUCGUCCCUUUGUUUGUCCUUGGGGUGGUGGCCGUGAUCGGAGUGGAUGUUGCCAAAGAGACCAAACCGCCUGAGACGGAUCCUGAGGAUCAGAACGACAACACGCCUCUUCUCAGCUGAGCCACAGGAACAUUGCCCAAUUAGUCCCCGAUGACUGAUUGUUUUUCCACUUUGAUCCGUUAAUAUCGCAGGUUGCAGAUUCAUCUCUGAGCUUUUGUUGCCGUGGUUUUGUGCUAAUAAACUUAGCCAGACUUUGUCGGAUACGGUAAAUGGACUGUCUUUGUAUAGCGAAUUUUUUCUAGUCCUAUAGUCCACUCAAUGCGCUUUACAGCACAAGUCACAUUCACACACAUUCAUACGGUGUGUGAAUGGAUGCUGCUAUUUACCGCGGUGUUUUUUCACUGAGCUGACUGUGACAUUACUAAUAUUUUUUUAAAGGUUUUACGGUGCGGUCGGAUUUGCAGUUCUACAAAUAUUUGUGUUCACAGUUCCAGUUAUGAACUGGUUUGGAUCUGUGAUACUUUCUGCCUCGUUGUCUUUGCAAAGAGCUCCGCUGGCACCAACUAUGCAAUGUGACGCAAAUUUUGUUCACUAUAUCAAGUUGCUCGUAUCUUUCAAACACCUCCAAUAUUUAUGCAUUUGGUGUACCCCACAGUAAGUGGUGUAAGAAUAAACAAAAUGAUCGCAGACAUAUAAACAUGAAAUUAUAUCAAACUAAUCAAAACCAUGAAACGGGUAAACCAAAGAGGGAGGGAAGGGCCAACUACUCUAAGCUGGGUUUUAAUAUGAGUAAAUAUGCAGGGCUUUAUUUUUUUUAUCAUAGCCACCGCACAGAUGAUAAAAUCUUCUGUGUAAUGUGUUGAGACUCAUUCCAUAUGUGUUAUCAUAGAGGUAUGAUCGGAAACACUGGGAGAUGUUAGAAGUGCAAAUAAUUCCUGGAAAUCAAAUGAGAAAUGUUUCCUUUUCCUUUUCAUAAAUCAGGUGUUUUUGCAGGGAGACUUUUAUAUUGAUGGAAAUAAUUCUUACUAAUUAGACAAUCCAGUUGAUAAGAAUAUGCAGUGUUUGUUGUGUUGAGUUUGGAAUGUCAAAAUGAAGGGAAACUGAACAAAUGAAGAUUUGAAAAUCAAAGUUUGACAUGUGUCUUAAAUACUUCACAUAUUCAGAAGAGUAUAAAAAAAAAGCAGACUUUGAGAAUACUGGGACACGAUCGAUCGCAGCGCAGUCGCAGUUUUAAGACAAGGUUGUUUAAAAAAAUAUAUUUCACCUUAAAGAAGGAGAGUUUGUUUUCUCUCCCCGCACAGAAUAUAACCCUUAGGGUGUCUGCGAGGUGAUGAGUUCUGGGCUUGGCUCCUAUUUAAAUUUAUAUUCUAGGUUUUGAUAGAAAUGUAUGUUAACUACUUAAAAUUGAGGUCAGGAAAAGACCUGUUAAAGUGAUGCUGUCUUUUCUAGUAUUGACCACUAGAUGUCCCUCUUGGUCCAGGUAAACUAUGACAGUGUAAAAGUGUGUGUAUAAUACAGUGUGUAUAUAUAUAUAUAUAAUACUCUCUUUACUUUCUCAUUAUCCAUUCUGCAGCAGAUUGUACAAGACAAGAGCAGUGUAACUACUUUGUUCAGUAGAUUCUGAGUUUUUUUUCAUAUGUCACAAAGGGACUAUUGACAAUUCUGUGCUCAUCCCUGGAACCUCAGUAAGUUGUUGAUUUAAUGAUCCGAUAAACACUGAAAAAUUGUCUCAACUCAAUGUUAUGAUCCCCAAUAAAGUACACGUGACACUGA